CUUUUGUAGUCAAAGCUCCGGUAAGAUGGUUGCCUUUGGGAAGAGGUUGAAAGAAAGCCAGAUUCAAGAAUGGAAAGAAUAUUAUAUCGACUACAAGUUUAUAAAGAAGAAGGUGACCCAAUUUAAGCCGCAAGUUGAUGAUGAUGUUGGUACCCAAGAUCAUAGUUCUGUGCUCAAGGGUUUCUCUAGAAUUAUGGAUAAUCAGAUUGAAAAGGUUGUCUUGUUUCUUCUGGAACAACAAGGACUGCUCGGACACAGAUUAUCAUCUCUUGGACAACAACGCAAUGCAGUUUUUCAGCAAAACAACAUAUGCGAGCUUGAACAAGGAUACAGACAAGUAGGACAUGAUCUGUUGCGGCUACUCUGUUUCCUUGAGAUGAACGCCAUUGGUAUCCGUAAGAUCCUGAAGAAAAUUGAUAAGCAUUUUUACUACAAAUUCACAGACUACUACGUCAGAACUCGUUCAAAUCACCCUUACUCUCAGCUACAACAAGUCUUCAAGCAAGUGGGUGUUGGAGCUGUUGCUGGGUCUGUUUCUCGCAAUCUUGCAGCACUUCAGGACCACCAAGGGAUCCAUACUUCAAUAUAUGACCAAUCUGUUUUAUCUAACCCGGAUGCUAUGGUUGAUUCUAUCAAUGCUGCUGUUAGGAAGCUAUCAAACUCAACAAGCUUUCUGGAUUUCCUCGGGAAACAUGCGUUAAUCAUAUUGGAAGACUCGCCUUCUCUUCAAGAUCCUGUUGCUGAGGAAAAUUUUCAUUUUCUGUCCCUGUUCCUGAAUUUGGUUAACGCUUUUCUGUAUAUGGUAAACACCUACAUCGUAGUCCCUACGGCGGAUAGUUACUCGCUUAGCCUUGGAGCUGCAGCAACUGUUUGCGGUGUGGUGAUUGGCUCCAUGGCAGUUGCUCAACUGUUUUCUUCAAUCUAUUUCAGUGCAUGGUCAAACAGAUCUUACCUUAAGCCGCUUUUGUUUAGCAGCAUUGUUCUUAUCGUUGGCAACACAUUUUACGCCUUGGCCUAUGAUAUGAACUCUAUUGUACUUCUUCUGCUCGGUCGCCUCUUCUGUGGGUUAGGCUCUGCAAGGGUAAUAAAUAGGCGUUAUAUAAGUGAUUGUGUGCCACUGAAGCUUAGAAUGAAGGCUUCUGCUGGAUUUGUUAGUGCAAGUGCGCUAGGAAUGGCAUGUGGUCCAGCGCUUGCCUGCUUCUUUCAAACUAACUUCAAGAUUUGCAAUCUCACCUUCAACGAGAAUACAUUACCGGGUUGGUUCAUGGCGUCGGCGUGGCUGGUAUUCUUGCUCUUGUUAUGGAUAUACUUUAAAGAACCUGAGAGAGAGGAUGUUGUGCCACAGCAAGGGCCUUCAACUUCAAGUUUAGGUACUUUGGAUGAAAAUAUUGUGGCGCCUUUGCUCCUGAAAUGUGUAGCUAAACAAAAGACAAUUUAUGAAGAUGAGAAUUGUGAAGAAGACCGAGAGCCAGUAAAUUCAAUUAUGUCAGCAUACCGGUUGCUUUCACCUUCAGUAAAAGUUCAGCUAUUUGUCUACUUCAUGCUCAAAUAUGCGAUGGAGAUCUUGGUGGCUGAAAGCAGCGUCAUCACUAGUUAUUACUUUUCCUGGCAAACCAACGCAGUUGCAAUCUUUCUUGCUUGCCUCGGCCUAACUGUGCUUCCAGUUAACGUUAUAGUCGGACACCACUUCAGCAACAUGUUCGAAGAAAGGCAGGUUCUGCUAGCAUCAGAGAUGAUGUUGUGCAUUGGCAUUCUCCUCAGCUUCCACAUCAUUGUGCCGUACUCGGUUCCUCAGUACGUCGCCUCUGAAUUCAUCACUUUUGUAUCCGCAGAAGUGCUUGAAGGCGUGAAUUUAUCGCUCCUAUCGAGGGUAAUGUCAUCGAGGCUGUCUCGAGGAACAUUCAACGGAGGUUUACUAUCAACAGAAGCUGGUACGCUUGCUCGGGUCAUAGCGGAUGGGACCAUAACAGUUUCAGGAUACUUACCGGAGAAGUGGCUCUUGAAUGUUACUUUGCUUCCCUCGUUUCUAAUCUGCAUCUCUUCCAUUGUUGCAACCGGUGUUACUUACAACUCGCUUUACUAAACAAGUCUAAUCUACCUACGGUUAAAGAUAGGGUGUGUAAUCUAAGUAAUAAACCGACCAAGUUAAAAUA